UGCGCCAUGCAGAAGCUGGUGGUGACCCGGCUGAGCCCCAACUUCCGCGAGGCCGUCACCCUGCGCUGGGACUGCCCGGUGCCACUCCCCGGGGACGGAGACCUCCUCGUCCGGAACCGGUGAGCCCGGCGCGCGCCCCCCGCCCCGGCUCCGGCCCGGGCCCCGGCCCCGGCCAGCGCUGCGCAGCUCCCGGGCUGUCCCGCGCCCGCCUGCGUCCCCACACCCGGCGCGCGCUCGGGCGCACAGCCUGACUUUGCGAGAUCCCGGGAAGUUGAACCCGCCGCCAUCUGGCGAAGGCGAAUGUUAUGUGACUGUUGCUGGUGUGAAUAUCCGAUGGCACCGAACGUCCUCAAAACUGAGGGUUAUUUUAAUUUGGGAUUCCCCUCCCCUCCCCCAGCCCUCCCUCCUCCCCCUCCCGCUCCCGAAAUAAAACCGACGGGACCCAGAAGGGGAGGCUCCCCGCCCUGCCCACCCGCGCGCAUCCACGGCUCCUGCGUUCGCAUAAUCUUUAGGGUGGAGCGGGAACAGCCUGGACACAAACUGCGACAUUUAGGUAACGUGCUUUGGAGGAAGGAGGCCGGGGACCCGCUGGCUUUUCCCGUUUGCUCCAGGUUGGCAGCCACCUCGCAAUGGCGGAGCCUGUCGUUGGGUGUGUCGGUGUGCGCCUCGCCGGUGCCGUCUGCGUGUUGUCAGUGCUGUGUGACUGUCGUCUGUGCCCUGCAGCGUACCGACGGGCGCGUGGCGCGCGUCCCGGGCGGCUGGGCAGGGGCCGGGGUGGGAGCAUGGCUGCAUUGGGCCGCACGUUUUGCAGACCUUCGGGUGACACUCGCUCGGGUCGUUGCCCGACCUUUGGACUGUCUUUUCCACCUCCACACUUCCCACCUGAGGGUGUUUCCACCUCAUAAUCUUUAGUAACUGCUGAAGCAACAGGAAGGAAGGGACCUCACUCUUCGGAGCCGUGCCCGCGGGUCUGCCGGGUGGGUCCCCUGGCAGCCGGGCUUGCAGGCGGGCCGGUCCCCGUUCCUCUACUCCCUGGGCAAAAGAAGGACUCGCCCGCCCGCUCAGUCCCAUAUGAGGGGUUCCAGUGUUGCAUAUUUCAGGUUGAAUAGUACUUUCGAAGGGAGAAGUAAAUUCUGGUUGUAACCGUGUUGUAAAUGGUGUGCUAGAAAGGACCAAGUCCCCUGCGAGGGCUGAAGGACAAAAUGCAUCUUAUCUAAAUAGCUUGGGGUAAAGCUUAAGUGUCCAUUUUAGUAAAAAUUCAUAUCAACCUUCCAAACAAGGCUGGAAGACUUCAGAAUUCUGAUCAUGACAUGAAACUUCUGGGGACCUGUUGGAAACUUAGAAAUUGAGUGAGCCAAGGGCGGGAUUGAGUGGAGGCUGGGGAUGAGGUGGGCGCGGGGAGUGCCUUAAACGGUGGGCCGUGUGUGUCCUUUAAAAUUUUUGCACUGAUGGAAACUGGGCUGCAGAGGACUUCAUCGUGCCCUGAAAGGCUAAGGCUGUCGAGAUCCGGACGCGUCCUACCAAGUUAAAAAGAAAGGCGUGUGUGUUCACGCAGAACAUACAGAACACACGAGUGAUUUGCUGGAAGUCGAGAUGAGAUUCAGACCGAAAAGCCUCCAAACAGACUUCACAGGCAAAGUUUCACCCAGGCUUUUUUUUUUUUUUUUCUUCUUUCUUUUUCCGAUGCACUGCACUGGUGAUGGUGAACACUGAUGUACACACACCCACGACUGCUUAGAAAAAUAAUACCUUUUGCAAACAGGGUGUGAAAUGGGGAGGGGCGACUGAGCGGGGCAGGCAGGGGAAGGUGUGAAGUUCCAGCACUCCCAGCAGCAGAGAGGUGGGCCCCCCGCCCGCGCCGUCGUGGAGGCUGCUCCCGGCCGCCCGGCUUCCCCACCUCCAGGGCACCGGCUCCCCCGGUUGUGCCCCCCUUCCCCGCGUUGGGUAACCGGGGCCGGUCCCUGAAUUGGGUGGUCGGAGUUCUGGAGCGCCGGCUGCCAUGUUGGAAGCUCCUCAAUUUGGAGGAGAUCCAUGCUUCUAUCUUCCAUCCCCAUAUGACAAAAAUCCCUUUAAUAUAAACAGUAUAUUUAUACUAAACGCUUGACCUCUAACUUCUACUUUGAAAUCCGCAACAGAAGAAUGGGGCGAGUUUUCUGCUUCUGGGGAGGGGCGGAACCUUUGCUUCUCCCUCUCCUUACUCUGUUGGAAAAUCUGCUCCCACCUCCAAAUUGUGGAAAGGUCCUUUAUUCUAGCAAACGUUGUCAGUAAGGGAGGCAUUUUACCGUUUUUUGUUUUUUGUUUUUUUUUUUUAAGAAUAGAGCCUUAGUAAUUCGCUGCAGGUUAGUUCAUUUUAAUCCUAGACGAAAUCGCCCCAAACAGUAUUAACUGCAUGACAAUUUUGUGCAAGAGCUUCUUAUUUUUAUCGUAAUAAAAUCUGCUCUGGAAUGAAUGGAUUCAGCCCAAAUUCACUUGUUCGGAAAGGUGUUUGGGGGUUUUAAUUGUGCUCCGUCUUGACUUUUUUUUUCAGUGGAACCUUUUGCACGUCUCAUUCCAUUUUAACAGAAAAUACAAAUUUUCUGUUCACGGUGAGGGAAGUGCUUUUUAAGCCAGACAUCGAUUUAAGAUAAUCAGGUUUACCAUUUAGGAAAGGUGUGAGAAGGGGAGCCUAGAAUCCCUCCAGAAUGUGUCAUCGGUGUUCCUUUAUCCAGUUCUCACCUUCCGGUUUCAAACAUACGAGGACGACCUUGCUUCUCUUCCUGGAUGCCCAGCCCGCAGAAAAGAAAAGAAAAAAGGGAGAAAGACACCUUCUGGUUAAGUCAGUUCGCGCACUAUUUUUAGCUUUUUCUGUAAGAUAGUGACACAUUAUUUCGUUUCCAAAUAUUUCUAACGAUUUUCUGCUCAAGUGUAAGAUAAAGGAGCAAAGAGUUUGUAGGAAUGGCAAACAGAAAAUGGGGGAUGGGGAAGGCGUUUUUGAUAAACCGUUUGUUGCUCACGGGAGGGUAACUAUUUCUGCUGAUUCUCCAGGCCAAGCUUUUUUUCCUUCAUUCUUCCUUUUCUUUUUCUUUUUUUUUUCUUUCUUUUUUUAAAGGGAAGGUCUGGUUUGGACGACUUUGUCUCCCAGUAUUUGCUCUGGACUUGAGUUUUCAGGUUUGGUUUUUGUUCAGAGAAAAGCCUUUCCCUGAGGCCCUCUGAGGGCUGCCCUGUUUCACAGUAAAUAUGACGAAGGGGUUCAUCACUUUUUAGUAUAAAUAAACCGAGUGACUCUGGAAGGGUAUAUAUUUGGGGAAAGUCCGCACCGUCCCAUUCUUUUUCCUGGGGUUCCUCGAUUUUAGUCUUUUGAGUGGGUCUGCCCGUCGGAUCGCUAGACCCCUGCACUCAUUAAAAGCACAUAUUUGAAGUUAAAGGGGGGUACAAGGCGAGGGUCCCAAUGCGCGUCUCCCCUUCCUUCUUUUCUCGCUCGCGCGCUCUUCCUUCCCCCUGCUCCCCCGACCCGGACCCCUUGCCCACUGCGCCUGCUGCUCUUGAACUUGUUUCUGACGGAGCCGAAGGCGCGGUCUCCCGACCCUCGCGCAGCUCUUCCCAAAGCCCAGGAUGUAGAGAGCUUUCGAGGGUGUAGAUAUACAGGGCACAAUCAUAAGGGCGCAUGUAUUUGUUGGUGUUAAUGCAUCUGACAUAAACUAUUCAGCCGGCCGCUAUGACCCUUCCGUCAAGACCCCGUUUGAUGCAGGUUUCGAAGGUGUAGGCGAGGUGGUGGCCUUGGGCCUCUCCGCCAGUGCCACAUUCACAGUUGGCCAGGCUGUGGCUUACAUGGCACCUGGCUCUUUUGCCGAGUACACAGUGGUGCCCGCCAGCACGGCCAUUCCUGUGCCGGCCGUGAAACCCGAGUACCUCACCCUCCUGGUGAGUGGUACCACGGCCUACAUCAGCCUGAAAGAGCUCGGAGAGCUAUCAGAAGGGAGGAAAGUUCUGGUGACCGCAGCAGCUGGGGGGACCGGCCAGUUUGCCGUCCAGCUUGCAAAGAAGGCCGAGUGCCAUGUAAUUGGAACUUGCUCUUCUGAUGAAAAGUCUGCCUUUCUGAAAUCUCUUGGCUGUGAUCGUCCCAUCAACUAUAACGGCGAGCACGUGGGUGCUGUCCUGAAGCAGGAGUACCCGCGAGGCGUGGACGUGGUGUAUGAAUCCGUCGGGGGAGCUAUGUUUGACUUGGCUGUGGACGCCUUGGCUACCAAAGGGCGCCUGAUAGUGAUUGGGUUUGUCUCUGGCUACCAGACUCCUACUGGCCUGUCCCCUGUGAAAGCAGUAACGCUACCAGCCAAACUGCUGAAGAAAUCCGCCAGCGUCCAGGGCUUCUUCUUGAACCAUUACCUUUCUAAGUAUCGAGCCGCCAUGGACCACUUGCUUAAGAUGUAUGCGAGUGGAGAGCUGGUUUGUAAGGUCGACCUUGGAGAUCUGUCUGCAGAGGGCAGGUUUACCGGCCUGGAGUCUGUCUUCCGGGCCGUCGAUUAUAUGUACAUGAGAAAAAACACUGGAAAAAUUGUUGUUGAAUUACCUCACUCUGUCCACAGUAAGCUGUAAAAACAGAACAAUGGCAUAAAUAAAAGGAGAAAGAAAAUGGA